AUGUUCGGGAUCAAGGCCGAUCCAAACAACUUCGACCUGGAGGUUGUAGUUUUGGGUUCCCAUCUGAUUGAUGAUUAUGGCCUGCUGUACUUCCUUUUAUCAUUACAGGGGGAGAUAGUGAAGAAAUACAGCCAGUCCAACCCGAAAACAUAUGAAGAAAGGAUUGAUCUGAUUCUGAAGAUGUGUGUAGAGGCUGCUACUGAAGCAGUGCAAUUUAACUGCAGGAUUCUUGGAGUUGAUAUCUCCACUGGAGGCCGUGUGAACCCACACGAGGGAGUGUUACUCCACUCUACAAAGCUGAUUCAGGAGUGGAACUUUAUUGAUCUGAGGACCCCUAUUUCAGACGCCCUCCACCUGCCUGUGUGGGUGGACAAUGAUGGCAACUGUGCUGCCUUGGCAGAAAAGAAGUUUGGACAAGGGAAAGGAGUGGAAAACUUUGUAACUGUUAUUACUGACACAGGCAUCGGAGGAGGAAUCAUCCACCACAAUGAGCUGGUUCAUGGCAGCACUUUCUGCGCAGCUGAGCUGGGUCACAUCAUGGUUUCCCUGGAUGGACCCGAGUGUUUGUGUGGGAGCAGAGGCUGCAUUGAGGCUUAUGCGUCAGGGAUGGCUCUGCAGAGAGAAGCCAAGAAGCUGCAUGAUGAGGAUAUGCUUCUGGUUGAAGGAAUGCCGGUGAACAAUGAAGAACCUGUUAGUUCUGUUCAUCUCAUUCAGGCAGCCAAGCUGGGCAAUUCAAAAGCAGAUAACACCUUAACAACAGCUGGUGUAGCUCUGGCUGUAGGAAUUGUGAACAUCCUACACACUGUCAACCUGUCCUUGGUGAUCCUAUCAGGCGUGUUAGCCACCCACUACGAGAACACUGUCAAGCAUGUGGUCAGCCAAAGAGCUCUGACGUCCGCCCAGGGAGCCAAUGUAGUCACUUCAGAACUGGAGGAGCCCGCUCUCCUAGGGGCUGCCAGCAUGGUGCUCGACUACACAGCACGAAGGAUAUAUUAGACACAGUGCUAAAACCUACACAAACCAGAAGCAAACUUUGCAUUUCCAUUGCAGUUCAAAAAAUAUUUUAUGUCUAUACUAUGUACACACAGCUGUCUGCCUUUAUUGAGAAAAGGCAUUUUUGUUUAGUAAAAACUUAAGUCAUAUCGGACUAUAGUUCUGUAUCUUAUUUGUUU